AUGUCUUCUGAAUGGAAAGAGAUAGGUAUUUUUGAGUUUAUCCAAUUAGCCAAGUUUGACCUUCACCUUUUCGACCCUCAAAUGCUUCUCUCUGCCAUUUUCUUUUGGAAUAGAGAAGCUAGGGCUUUCGAGUUCCCUUGUGGUUUUGUUUGCCCCACUUUGCUCGACAUUGCUGCUAUAACAGGGUUACUGCCUCUUGGGGAGAGGUUCCAUCCUAAUGCUUUUGAGGAAGAACUCUCGAUCAAGGAUAUUUCGAUCACCUGGGAUAAAAAAACCUAUCUGGCUUUCAUUACUGCCCAUAUGGGACAACCUGGUGCACCUGUUUCCUCUUUAGAGCACAUUGCUUUUCUAAUGUAUUGGUUGUCGGCCUGUGUUUUCUGUACUCCUUCCCUCCAAGUCCCAAAAUAUUACUAUGUUCUAGCUCAGGCCCUUCAUUUGAAGAAAAAGAUAUGUUUGAGCAAGUUGCUUCUAGCUUCCCUAUACACAUGCCUCGACGAAGCUUCUGAGAGUCUUUCUCGAGAGUCGGGGCCUCGAAAUCUUUCCGGUCCAUUAUGGCUGCUCCAACUAUGGCUCAACGCCAUUCUCGAGAAGAGGCUCUAUUUACCUUCAACUCCAAUUUCACUCUGUGAACUCGAAGGAGCUCGUUUGACUACCCUUACCCCACGGAAACGUCUGGUAGAUAAUUUUGAAAAAUAUAUUAGAGCGUUUCUUAGUUUCACUGAGUUCACCGAAGAUUUAGCCCCUUUUCUUCGACAAAAUUUAAUAGGUCCAGUCUGGCUACGUCAAAAUAAUCAGGUUGGGAGCAUCAAUCCUUCUUCGACUGACAUUUGGUUUGGGUUCUUAUCAUGGGACGUCAUCUUCUCAGGCAUGAGGCAAAAAGAUGUUAGACUCUACCCUUAUCAGCCUCAACUCUUUGCUCGUCAAUUUGGUCUCUGCCAAAUGAAACCCCUGCCUCUUCGACGUAAGGAAAGUAUUGAUGCAGAUAUUUGUGUCGAAGAGGGCAAUUACGAGGAAGUUCUUGACUUCAUUCUUCGACCAGAGAAAGAACUUAAGCUUACGCCUUCCAACUUUUCUCCUUCAUUUUUAGUUUCGAAAUGCUACCUUCGAUGGUGGUGUUAUUAUGUUGUAGAUAAGCUCAUCGAUUUUGAUGGCUUUUUGAAGAAGCUGAUUAAUUCUCCUCUCUCUUGUUCGCAGGGGCCUAAGCAAUCAGCUGUCAUACCUCAGCGUGUUCCACAACAUGCUGAGCAAACUCCCAACUGGGAAAGUGAAGAUGAUGAAGACAAAGAAUCCUCGAAAAAAGGCCGAAAAAGAAAGACUGCAGCUGAGAAGGUUUCUCUUCGUUCUAAGAGCAUUGAAACCUCGAAAAGGCAAAGAGUAGGUUCAGACAGUACUAAAACUGUCUCGACUACAAAAAAGCAGGAUAAAGGGAAGACAAAGAUGGUCAUUCCCCUUUCCAAGAAACCUCAAAAACCUUCUGGCGAGAAACUGCUUAAGGAUGCCAUGAAGUCUGUUCCCAAGGAUGUUGAGGUUAUCCAACUAGAUUCCUCUCGAGAGCUGUCUCGAGAAAUGCAAAAAGACAUGUUUCCUGUUAUCGAGGCAACCCAACAGUUGUCUACUCCCCAAGUAGAUGCUACGGUGCUUGCUUCUGUUAUGGCUUCAAUAGAAAUUCCCCCUCAGGUCGAAGAGGGUAAGGUUCUUCAAUCAGGACCUUUGAUUAACGCGGAGACGCGACAAGAUUCUGCUCAAGGUGAACCCUCUUUUGAGCUACAACCUCCUUUGAUUCAGAACAAGGGUUUGACUGAAUCUCCUAGGCCGUUCACGACUUCUCUCUCCACCCAAGGCAGUGAUACCUCUUCUGUCUAA